CGGAACACAGACGAAGAAGAGGCGCCAUAGCAACGGUGAAACAAAGAUGGCGGCCUCAGCGGUCGUGCUGUGGUCCACUCUGAGCUUCAGUUUGUUUCUCUGGUUUUCUGCCGCUACUGCCGAAGAAAACACAACGAGCUACAGCCUGAGUACGGCUGUGUAUGGUGACCAGAACGUCACGUAUAACGGUACGGACAGUUCUACACAGCCUGCAGAGUUUGAGUCAACAACCCCGACAGCAGCACCGAGCUCCAGCAGCACAGAGCGGCCCGUCCAACCGACGCUGUCCGCCGACCCGCUGCCCGUCUCCGGCCAGCUGCCCACUCCCGCCACCAGCGUUGACAGGCUGUGUCCCUGCGAUGCGCACAGGGAUGUGUGUGACAUCAACUGCUGCUGUGACAGAGCGUGCAGGGAGGAGGUGGCUCUGUUCACCGGCUGCUCGCUGCACUCUGUCAGUGGCAACAAGCAGCUGUGCAGCCGAGAUGUAGCGUCCUACUCUUUAGGGAUUACAAUAGAUGGCUACUCAGAGUUACAGUCGUCUGUCCAGAAGGAGACUAAUUAUGACGUCUUCUGCAUUCAGUCACAGAGCGGUGCUGAUGGAUUUUCUCACCCCUCGCCUGCUCUUCCAACUGACAGCAACUUUGACUCGCUCUUUAAACAAUUCACCAGCUUUAUUUUUGGCUCCGAGGAGAGCAGCGGUCAGGUGUUGAGUGCCGAGCUCCAAGGCGGGUCUGGAUACCAGUACGGGGAUGUGAUGAUGACAGCAGGAGGACGUGGACACAGAGGGAUGUUCUUUCUGCCAGCGCCUGGUGUCACUGCUUACUGUAUGGACACCAGUGCUGCAGCGUUCCUGAAGGAUCAGAGCAGUCAGUGUUCCAGGCACAUGGUCCUGGAGCAGGACUGCAGCACUCUGCCAGCCCUCAGCAUGGACACCUACACCAACAUCCAGCUCUUUGCAGGGAAGGAAAACGAUGCAGCACUGGAGGUCGUUCCUGUGGAGGUGACUUCAGUCAUCCUGCAGUCUGUAGAUGGAACUCAGACUGAGCUUCAGAUCAGUGAUGGAGAACACCUCAGCCCCGUCCUCCUGAACCCGACCCUCUGUGCUAAUGUGGUGCUGAAGGUUGUCUAUGUGAUGAAGUAUAACCCAGCGGGUGAGAUAGUGAAGGUGAUGGUGUCUCUGGUGCUUGGGUUUGUCCGUGAAGCAGUGCUGAUCCUGGACCAGGAGUUUCAGAUCACAUUUGUGCAGGAUGGGGAGGAGGUGGCGGUCCACUACAGUGGAAAUCCAGGUUAUGUGGUUGGACUACCUCUUGUGUCUGGAACAAGAACAGCAGAUGGGAUUACUAGAAGCAUCGACCCCAGAGACACUCUGUCUCUGCUCCACACUGCUGGGGACCAGGACUGUCUGCAGGGACUACAUAAGCGCUCCCCUGUCUUGUUCAGUGUGGAUUCUGUAUCCGGCUGCAAAUUAAGACUGGAGGAUGCUGCCAACUGCUCCCUGGUCUUUCAAGCGCUUCUGGAUGUUCUGCGAGGACCAAACUAUCCCCAGUAUGUGGCUUCCUUUGGAAACUCUCCAUUAGAGUAUCCACUCGACUGGGUGCCCAUCAAGAACAAUUCCAAUCCCGGGGAAGCACAGAGUUGCAUUAUCCCGUUGUCACUUCAUUUAGAAAUUGAGUGGACCAAAUAUGGCUCCCUGGUGAACCCCCAAGCUCAGAUUGUGAGCGUCAAAGAAGUAAUCCAAACCAACGUCACCAGUUUGGACCAGUUAUCUGGAGGCAGCAACACUGUGUCCAUCACGAGCUCAGUGGCCUUCAUACCGGUUUCUGCUGCUGCUCUUCCUGGUUACAGAGCCAUGCCCACCAUCGACGCCAAACUGCCCUUUGACUUCUUCUUUCCUUUUGUUUGAACAGUCUCACCAGUGUGUGGUAAAUUUACCGUACAUGCCAUCAAUGACAAGCACUGUGUGUUGAAUCUGUUACUGUAUAGUUUGUGAAUACUGUAGAUAUCAAUUUUGUA